UGGAAGCUGGGAGGGCCUGAGUCUUCUCUGAUUACUCUGAUCUAGCUAGCAGGAGGAAGAGGAGGCCAAGGCUCCUGGACUAGCUGCAAGGACCCCCUGGGCUGGUGGAGCCCAGCCCCAAGGGCGGCUGAGCGGGGAGCUGCACCUGGACCCACCCACCCAUCACUCCCCCAUCCCCGACACACACAUCUCCUGCAGGGCGCCGCAUGGGGUAGAUCUCAGCCCCAGCUCCUUCCUUAGUCAGGAAGUUGGGGGUUGGGGGAUCAAAGCCCCUACAUCUGUCUCCUUCCCCCUGCAGCAUGUUUAUCACGGUGAUGUCUGGAGCUGGCUGCUGGGAGCUGGUGAACCCCUGGUGCAGCCUGGUGAUCCUCAUCACCCACCUGAGGCAGAGGGGGCAGGUGCCCCUGGAUGCGACCAUCGCCCUCCUGGCUGAGGACGGGCACCUGGUGAACCUGGGUGAGGGACUGGAAGAGGGGCCUUCCCCGGCGCCCUCCAUGGGCAGCCCCCUGCUGCAGGAGCGUGGGACCUAUGUCCUAGUGCAGAUCAUCAAGUGCAAGCGUGGGGCCCCCACCUGCUAUGAGUCCCUCCUGGAGAAACUGGAUGAGCGGUGUCCAGACCUGGCAGAGGAGCUGCGCUGGCUGUCGGGCCUGCCCCCCCGGGCGAUGGCUGGAGAAGGCGCGCCGGCACUCUGCAUGGCCACCAGGAGCAAGGCCCUCCUUCACGGCCCCGAAGGGUGGGCUUCCUGCUGUCUGGGACCCACUAGCUGGGGCCGAGAGCCAGUCUGGACUGCCCGAGGCUGUCAGAUUACACCGGAUUACAAGGUCACCUUCCCCACCCAGGACACCAGCUGAAGGUGAAGCAUCCCACUCCACAGUGGGACAUCCAUCCAUACCCCCCCACCCACAGAAAGUCCAAUGAGAGCGGACACAGC